AUGGGUUCGCUGUUGGAACCAAGAUCCAUGUCUUUGAUGCCGUUUCUAUGUUUAAUCUUGCUCUGCUUGAUGUCUUUCCCUGCAACACCAGCGGCCGACGACGAUGAUACACUGACUGCUUACGAAGCCCUCCAACAAUAUGAUUUCCCGGUGGGAAUUGUCCCAAAAUCGAUCGUCAGGUAUGAUUUAGACAGAUCUACGGGGAAGUUCUCAGCUUAUUUGAAUAGUAGCUGCAGCUUUUCCCUGAUCGAUUCCUACCAGCUCAACUACCAGCCCACCAUCUCAGGCUAUAUCUCUAAAGACAAGCUCACUCAAUUGAAGGGCGUCAGUGUUAAAAUUCUUCUCUUUUGGGUGAACAUCGUUGAUGUGGUUCGGAGCGGCGAUGAGCUUCAAUUCUCCGUGGGAAUCGCUUCUGCUUCUUACCCUAUCGAAAACUUCCUGGAGUCGCCGCAGUGUGGUUGUGGGUUCGAUUGCAAUGAAGAGCUAUCAAAGGGGAUUGAAGGAGACCUCCUCGUUUCUGCUUCUUAGGAGAAAUUAGUUGCAGGUAAUGGUAGAUUGGUUAUCUUCGUUGUUAUUAGUUUAUUAACAGUAGAAUAAUAAGGCAGUAGAACAAAGAAUCUACUAGAAUGCUAUUUGCUUUGUACAAUUU